AUGAGACGUCACUGUGAGAACCUGCAGCAUCGUCCGCUCAGUGCCGCCAACUUUGGGAAAAUCAUCCGCGACAUUUUCCCCAACAUCAAAGCUCGAAGACUGGGAGGGCGUGGCCAGUCCAAAUACUGUUACAGCGGCAUCAGGAGGAAGACCGUGCUGAACAUGCCCCUGCUGCCCAACCUGGACCUCAAGAACGACCCGUCGGAGCUGACGGAGCUGGUGCAGACGUACAAACAGGAAGUGACGGAGGCAUCCUGUGAGCUGAUCUGUGAUUGGGCGCAGAAGAUCCUGAAGCGCUCGUUCGACACUGUGGUGGAGAUCGCCCGCUACCUGAUCCAGGAGCACAUCGUCAACCCCAGGAGCAGUCAGGCCGAGCUGGUGUCUGGGGCAACAUUGGCAGGAUGUCCUGCUAAACCGUACAAAGUGAUAAAGAAGACCUCAGGCGUCUCCAAAGCAGAACUAGACUCAGAACCCAAAAAGGACCCCUCAGACUCUGCUCCUGCUCUGAAAUCAGAGCGAAAACCCUCAGAGACACAACCUUCGGUGCGACCAGCUGUAGGGCGCCGCUUGCAGGUCGAAGCCUUCAUGAAGAAGCUGCCCACCAUCCUCCCGCGCAGCUCCCUCCCUGACUCUCUCUCCAUCCGCUCGUCGCCGCCAUCUCUUGCCCCAAAAGACUCUGCCCCCGCCGCUAACUCCGGUGGCGGAGUCAAGGUUAUUGCUAUGGCAACCCUCCAGCCACAGCAGCAGGGCGUGCCGCUCAUGAUCCUCCCUCAGGGCUGUUUGUCAUACGAGCGGCCGGACGCCAUAGCCCCGCCCACAAAUGCCAUGGCCCCGCCUCCCAGUACCAUGGCCCCGCCCCCCAGUGCGGGAGUGGUGUCGGCUGCGCACACGCCGGUUGUGCAGAAGGUGAAGCGGCGCCUGGAAAGCCUCAGCACUCCUCCUCCAGUCAAACGCAAGCGUGGACGCCCCAGGAAGCCACGCCCAGAGGAAGCCCCGCCCCCACCUCCCUCCAUCAUUACCACGGUGACGGGCGGAGUCAUCCAGAAGGCCACGUCCACCUUGCCCAGCCCCUCCCCCGUGGUGGAGCUGGUGUUUGGACACCUGCCCGAGCCGGCGCGGCCCGUCCUGCUGCUGCAGAACCCGCAGUGGGAGCUGCCCUCCAGUCACAUGGUCGAGGUCAUCCAGAAGACGCCACGGGCAACCCUAAGCCCCGCCCACAGCCCACAGCCAAGCCCCGCCCACAGCCCCCAGCACGAGGUUGAGCUCACACUGACCCCCGUGGAGCCUGAACCACCAGGGGGCGUGGUUAAGCUGGAAGAGGAGGAGCCAGAGAGACUGAGACCAGAGACUGAGACCAGAGACUGA